UCCAUCUAGGUAUUGAUUGAAUAUUUUUCAUUAUUCAAUUUUUACAUUACUUACGUGGCACUGACAGUUGAGUUUACACUACUUUAACGUUAAUUUAAAAAAUAGUGUAGCUACUUAUAGCUACAAAUGUUCCGCAUUUUUAAGAAUUUAGUUUUAUAUUUCUCUAUUUUAUCAUCUUGUGCUUACGCGCGUCCACUACAACCUACAGAUGAAGUCACACCCAAAGACACAGAUCUACCACGUAUACAUACCGGACCACCAUUUAAUUACGAAUUGGUAGGGAAAGAUAUCAGUAUUGGAGUCGAAGUUCAACAGGAGGCCGCCCCCUAUGAAGGGAUGACAAAAGUCUCUGAUAUGUUACUUUCCUUGAAACAGUGGAUUCGACGGGCAAUCGUAGCCGAGAGAAAGGUGAAUAUAUAUGCUCAAAAGAACGUACUAUGCGAAUAUCAAAAGAAUGAAACUGAUAGGAAAAUCACGGAGAUCGAAGUACCCUUGGUAUUUCGGAAUUAUGUCACCAAGAUUGAGGACAAUUUCCCCGAAGUAAAUGAAAGAAUUCCGGCGCACAUUAUGAAGAAUCAAAAGGUCCAUUUAGGUAUUCUUAAGAGAAAAUACAAUUGGAUAAAAAUCCUUUCCAACGAUCGUUAUUCCCACGAUGAUUAUGUUAAACUAUUGAAAGCCGCGAUUAAAAAAAAGUUUUUUUCCGAUAAAAAUAUUUCUUUAGAUAAAGGUAUUUUCGAUUUGACCAAAGAACAGAGGAAAGAGUAUGACGAAUUUCUUGAAAAAUUCUGUCACGCGAUCGCAGUUUCAGUUGAUUAUGUAAACCGUGUUAUUGCACACAAUAAGUUUGGAAAAUUUGUCAAAGGAUCUUUGAAUUUAUUUGACGCGGCACACGAUGAGUAUGUGUCUUUGUUUUAUCAUGCGGUCAUCAGUAGAAAUUCGGAAGAAGAAAAAACAGAGUAGAUUUUUUUUUACCUAAAAAUCCAACUUUUAAUUACCUGUAGCAUGUGGCAACCCUGCAUGCGCGUUUAGAGAGAGUUUUUAUCAUUUCUUGAUACACGCUACGAAACUGUAGAAUAUCUGUCGUUUGAUAACGUACGAAACAUGUUGAUUUCAUGCCACUGUUCUUUUCCAUCUCACUGAGAUGAAAAGAACGCAAGAACGCACUAGGUACGAGAUGAGUACGUACAAACACGAACGUUAUCAGUUUUAAUGAGGAACGGAGAGGCGAAUAGUACGUAACACAGACUUCUCACUUACUUUAUUGAUUCGUUGAGCAUUACUUAAUUGAGUUAAUUUUGUCUAAAUACCUAAUCUAAAUAUAAUACCAUUUAGUGUGUUGUUCAUUCUAA